AGCAUUAACGGGAGUUGCUGAGAUUGCAGCUACACGUAACCUUGAAGCUGCUCGCUCAUUCAUGGGCAGGUCUUCAAGUUUUGGUAGUUACUUAGAUGGAGGAUGGUUGAGUGACAGUGUUUGUAUUGAUAACUGGAAUGUAUACUGCCCAGUUUAUGCGGCCAGGUAUCGUAAAUUUGAUGGUUCCUGUAAUCAUCCGGACCAGCUUGGCAUGGCUUUAACGCCUUUUCAACGCACCCUACCACCGGACUACGCUGACGGUAUCGAUGCUCCAAGGAUUGGUGUAUUUGGAAAUCCACUACCAUCUGCCAGAAAAGUGAGUCUUAAGGUGCACACCCCGUUGCCAAGCUCAAAUCCUUCUUUCACAGUUAUGCUUGCGGUAUUUGGACAGUUUCUAGAUCAUGACUUAACAGCCACUGCAAUUAGUCAGGGUAGAAAUGGAAGCUCGUUAACAUGCUGCCCGCCAAAUGGUGGAAGCCAUCCGGAGUGCUUUUCUGUCGAAGUUGGCCCAGGAGAUCCUGUAUUUGAUCUUACAAAUACUACUUGCUUGGAAUUUAUCAGAUCUGCCCCUGCACCACAAUGCAAGGUUGGCUCAAGACAACAGCUUAAUCAAGUAACCUCAUUCAUUGAUGGCUCGAUGAUCUAUGGUUCAGAUGAGAAUACUGCGAAGGAUUUACGGUACUUCUUAGGUGGGCAAUUACGGAUGCAAGUAACACAAGAUGAUCGUUUGCUGCUACCAGCAAGCACAAAUCCUUUUGAUGGUUGCAAUCGGCAGCUUGAACUGGCACGUGGACGUUACUGCUUCGCUUCAGGCGACGUUCGAGCGAACGAAAAUCUUCAUCUCACGACAAUGCAUCUUCUGUGGGCAAGGCAGCAUAAUCGACUUGCUAAUCAGUUUUCCCAGAUAAAUCCUAAUUGGAACGAUGAAAUAAUCUAUCAAGAGGUAAGACGAAUCGUAGGAGCCCAAAUUCAACACAUUGCUUACACUGAAUUUCUACCCAUCGUAAUUGGUAAGACUGAAAUGUCAGCCCACGAUAUCAAGCCUCUUGCUGAAGGUUUUCGGCCAAAAAAUGACAGUGAUAACAUUAACCCUGCCAUUGCUAAUAACUUUGCGGCAGCAGCCUUUAGAUUCGCACACACUCUUUUACCUGGCCUGAUGAGGGUUACUGAUGAACUAAAAGGAACCACAUCCUACGUACAGCUGCACAAGAUGCUAUUUAAUCCAUACAGUUUGUAUUCAAAAGGUGGUGUGGAAAGCUCGAUAACUACUGCAACAUCGAAUACCAUCCAGGACACGUCAACUCACGUUACCUCACAGCUAACUGCACACCUUUUUGAAGAUCCCCUAGAGAAUAAGACGAUACCUUGUGGCCUUGACCUUGUGUCUUUGAAUAUUCAACGAGGUAGAGAUCAUGGGCUCCCAGGCUACACUAAGUGGAGAAAAUACUGUGGGUUAAAAAUACCACAUAACUUUGGUGAUUUAAAGGAUGACAUGGACCCAGCAGCUUUAGACUCUAUCUCCGAAUUGUAUGAGAAUGUAGAUGAUUUAGACUUAUACACAGGAGCUCUCGCUGAGAUACACGAUGGAGAUAAACUUUUAGGACCAACUUUUACUUGUUUGAUAGCAGAUCAGUUCAAAAGAUUGCAAAAAGGUGAUAAAUUUUGGUAUGAGUUUGGUGAUCAUCCUGGCUCUUUUACAGAAGAUCAAUUGAAGGAACUUCGGAAAAGCUCAUUGGCACGUAUUAUUUGUGAUACUUCCGAUGGAAUUGAGAAAAUUCAGGCUUCAGUUAUGAGAUCGAUAGGUCCUGAUAAUCCAGUUGUAGCUUGUGAAGAUAUUCCUCAGCUUUCACUUAAUCCAUGGAAAACUCUAACGCCACUGAUCACUGUGUUUGAAACAGAUAUUCCAAUGAUGGACUGGCUACGUUUUCAGUCCGAAGUAAAUAAAACAAUUAACAGUAUAAUAUCAAACAUAUUAAAUAAGAAGUCACCCUUUAAAAGUUUAACUUCUCAUUGGUUUUUUUUUCAACACAAUUUACGUACAUUAUUUGAGGACUUGAAAAUUAAGUUUGCUGCUCUCAACCCAAAAAUGAUUACUGAUACUAACUUUAAAAAAAAUACGUCUGAUUUCAAUCUCUUUCUAAUCGAGGAUAUGAUUAAUAGUGGGAUUUCAAAUAUUGAAAACUUUUUAAGUAUGGAUGUACUUUUUUUAAAAAGUUCUUUAGAGGAUUGGAUAAAUUUUAAACGUAAUUUAAUUAAUACUCUGCUGAUCAUAGAAAAUGAGUUCAAUGAUAUUAAUGUUAAUCUUAAUAAGCUUCAAUCAUAUUGGAGGGAAAUAUUCACGUUAAAAAUAAUACCAAUCAACUGGGACAGCAUUAAAUAUGAUAUGAAUGCUACAAUUAGUGAUGUAAUACUGACAAUUAAUGCUCACAAUGUACUAUUCAAUGGCACUUUUCCAAUUUGGUCUAUGUUAAGCAAAAAAACUAAUACUUCUUUAUGGAGCAUACGUCAUCAGCCCAACAUUCGGCAAUUUAAACAUAUUAAUUUGUUGAAUCAAACAAUUCCAUUUGACAAUAAAACAAAUUUUAAUGUACAUGAAGGAAAUCACAAUUAUCUUAGAACUCUUGAACACCAGUUUACAAUCAAAAAUAAUACGAAUUCUUUGUGGUCACAAAUAAGGAACCAAUCAAUGGUUGAUUUUGAAUUUGGUAGUGAUAGAAUAUUUGUAACUAAAAAAGCUUUAUCAGAAACUAAGAAAAAAAAAAACUUCGAUAGAGUAAUAAAAGUAAUUAAAGAUACAUUUUACGAAACUCAAAAAAAAAAUCACACUUUCACUAAAUUAAAACAGAAGUAUACUUACUUUUAUGCUAAGAUACAGGGUAAAAAAAAAGAGCUUUUGAAAAACUUUGCAGAAGAUGUAAAAAUCUAUAACAGUUCAUCUGAAGAUUUUUUACAAAACGUAAUUGCUAAACUACUUCACUUUGUUAAAACUAAAAAACCCAUUCCUGAUCAUCCCAAGCAUGUGUGGUUUACUUACAAAACUGUAGUGAAAGGACUAUUUAUGCAAGCUAAUGACCAAAUUAAGAAUUUUAAGAUUCAUCAAAUUCUCCAAUGUGGUAAUACCAUAAGAAGCUUACAUUCGUUCAUAGAGUAG